AUGUCGAUAGCGGACUUUGAGAACGCCUUGCUCCAGCGUUUCCAGGGCGGCUCCAAGAGCAAUGUGUUCGACAAGUACACGUGGAUAAGAAACAUCUUAGACAACCCCGACAAAGUGCCUCAGUAUCUGAGAGACAUGUGGAACGGCCUCGACGAUAACAAGAAGGCAGUGUACCGCGGACUGGACAAUCUCACCCAGAAAUCCAUUGGAUCCGACAAAGAUGAGGUUCACCUAACCAAGAUACUUUACUUGGUUCCCUACAACGCAGGUGUCCGGGAUGUGACGCACCACAUCCGCGAACACAUGGAAAAAAUGGGCAAGGCCAAGUACAUCAUUCGCAAUCACGGCAUCGAGUUGGACAUCAGCGAUUGGACGUACGAAAAUAGGAAGAAGUUCCGUCGGGGCAAAACGUUCGACGAGCAGGAUACAAAACGGGCAUACUUGACAGAGGGCGACUACUUCGUCGUUGAGGCUCAGCUAGCAAGACUCGCUAUCAACGUAAAGACCUCACGAGCACAUUUCACAAAGCAGCGGGAUACCGGCCUCAGUAUUCAUCAGGCCGCAUACAAAUGCUACACCGCCAACACCGACAAGUUCCCGCUAUUACGCGACACACUCGCCAUCAUCGAGAAUAGCGGAGCGCUGGACGACGAAGGCAAAACCACGAUGAAGGAACAAGCCACCCGCUUGUACAAGGCUUUCUUGGACCAAUUCGUCGGCGUCAUCACGGCAACUCCGUAUACCGGAUGCCUCUCCAAGUUCGUCCGUACGUUCAAGGUCGACGUCUGCCUUGUGGACGAGGCUACGAAGCUGUCCAAACUGGACUUCUGUCCAGUCAUCCGAAAGCACACCCUAGAUUUCAUAGUGGUCGUUGGGGACCCAGAACAGCUUCCCGCAUUCGUUCACGGCGGCAGACGUAAAGACAAAACUGUCGCAAACCCGUUCGAGAACCAGCUACGAGUGUCCACGCUCGAGCGCGCCCUCUACUAUGGCAGCGUUGUAGGCACACAUCUCAGAGUGAACCAUCGCGCGCGUAGGACCCUCGGCGAGCUCUCAUCACACAGCAUCUACUACAACGCGAUAGCACCAGCUCUCCGAGGUGCUGCCGCCUAUCCGCCUCCCACGCAGGCGUUGCAUGCUUUUCUCAAGAAACUGGCUCCCGAUCUUCGCAAAGGUUACAAUCGGAUUCUGGUCGAACUGCUAGGCGUCAGUGCGCAAUUGUCCAGUACCUCGACAUACAACCUACACAACGGUCGCGUAGCUCUCCGCAUCCUGCGGCUGGCCUUCGCGGAUAAGGACCUACAACAGUGGAACGCCGAGGACAGGACCGUGACCAUCAUGGCCAGUUACAGAGCGCAGGCCGACUGGUAUCGCAACGAAAUCCGACAGAUGGAACUCAAGGGACUGUUCACCGCCCAGCAGCUGAGGCGCAUCGACGUUCGUACAACUGACAAUUCGCAAGGCAUCAAGUCGGCACUCGUGAUCUAA